AUGAAAAGCACAUCUCCCACGCGCACGCGCUCCUCGCUCUCCCUCCCCGAAUCCCUCUUCCACCUCUCCCUCACCAUCCUCUGUCUCUCCCUCCUCCUCAAAACCCUCUCGCGCGAAAAUGGCGAACCCCUCAUCGCAUCGCUCGCCUUCAGCGGCCUGGCUUUCUCCGCUACCUACAGCAUGAUUCGUUGGCUGGGCCCAACGUUUAUGAAAGCAGGACUCAAGGGAAAAGACAUGUCGAAGCGCGAUAAGAAGGAGAUUCCGGAGACGAUGGGCGCGGUCUGCGCGGUGGUUUAUUUGUUGAUCAUUAUUGUGUUUAUCCCGUUUCCGUUCUAUAAGGAUAUUGUGGCGGCGACGAGUGGUGGUGGGAAUCGGGAUGUGGUUAGGGAAGGGGGACUGGAGGGGUUCGGGAUGGAUGUGGAGAAUGGGAGGUUCUUGCAUAGGUUCCCGCAUAGUAAGCUAGCGUCCUACCUCUCCGCGGUCCUCUCCCUUCAAUCCGUCGUUAUCAUCGGAAUCGGCGACGACCUCUUCGAUAUCCGAUGGCGCCACAAAUUUUUCAUCCCCGCCAUUGCCUCCAUCCCCAUCCUAAUCGUCUACUUUGUCGAUUUUGGCGUCACCCAAAUCGUCAUCCCCAUCCCCCUACAACCCUAUCUCGGCGAGCUCUUCCAACUCGGUCCUCUCUACUACAUCUACAUGGCUUCCAUUGCCAUUUUCUGCCCCAACAGCAUCAACAUUCUCGCUGGCAUCAACGGCAUCGAAGUUUCCCAAUCCCUCAUCAUCGCCUUCCUCCUCGUCCUAAACGACACCCUGUAUCUCCUAACCCCCUACCCCCACCCCGCAACCGACCUCCCACCUCUUCUCCCUCUACAUGCUCCUCCCCUUCAUCGGCGUCUCCCUCGCCCUGCUCUCCCACAACUGGUACCCCUCUUCCGUCUUCGUCGGCGACACCUACUGCUAUUUCGCCGGCAUGGUCUUCGCCAUCUGCGGCAUCCUCGGCCACUUCUCCAAAACCCUAUCCUGCCUGCUCAUCCCCCAAACCUUCAAUUUCCUCUACAGCGUCCCCCAACUCUUCCACCUCAUCCCCUGUCCCCGCCACCGUCUCCCCUACUACAACACCAAAACAAAUCUCCUCGAACCCUCCAUCACCCCAUGGCCUAA